UCAAGAACCCAAAAAUAGUACUGCUCUCUCUCUCUCUCUCUCUCUCUCCACAAAUACACCAAGAAUAAGCUGUUGAUCUCUGUUGUUGGUAGCCCUUCUAAUUCUUUUUCAAGGGAGAGAACUGACAUCAACUUGAUUCUUCUCUGUUUUGGCCAUUGUUUGCUCAUUUCUGGGUUGGUUAUAUUAUAUAUAUAUAUAUAUAUAUGUGAGCUGGGUUUGACGGCCCACUUCGUUUUUCCGGACAUGAACCAAGUUUGCUGGCCUUACUUUGAUCCCGACUUUGAUAACCUCCCAGAGAGGAUACAUGGCCCCACUUGCAGAGUUUGCAUUGACAACGAAAGCAUGGAAACAUGCACUGUAGUAAAGGUUGAUAGCGUGAACAAGCAGGGUCUACUCCUAGAAGUGGUGCAGAUCUUGACAGACCUAAACCUUACAAUAUCAAAGAGUUACAUUUCAUCUGACGCAGGGUGGUUCAUGGAUGUUUUUCAUCUUAAAGACGUGCAUGGCAAUAAACUUACGGACCAGAACAUCAUUAACGCUAUCCAGCAAGCAAUAGGUACUGCAAGGGGAAACCCAGAUUCGGCCAAGGCAAAGAGUACCUAUUCGAAUAAGAUUUUCAGACCUGAUCAAUACCAGAAUGAGCACACGGCCGUCGAAAUGACAGGAAAGGAUCGGCCCGGUCUAUUCUCCGAGAUAUCAGCCGCCUUAGCCGACCUUCAUUGUAACAUUGUGGAAGCCCAUGCAUGGAGCCAUAAUGAUCGCCUGGCUUGUGUUGCCUACAUCUCAGAUCACGAAUCCUCAGGCACCCCGAUCGAUGAUCCCGACCGCCUCGCCACUAUUGAAGACCACCUCUCCACAGUCCUCCGGGCCACCACCAUCCCGAGCCUUAUUGGAUCGAUCCAGACCAACCAACAAGAAGUCAAAGCGGGUUUUCUUGAAGGUUCCGAAGAAGGCACCAAUAUGACAAAUGUGGAACGCCGGUUGCAUCAGCUCAUGCUUUCAGUUAGGGAUUUUGAGGUCCCAUCCGCGCUCUCAAGCUUGCCAACAAUGACAACAACGGGAUCGGAGGAUAGUGACGAUGAAGGAAGGAAGACAGUGGUGAAGAUUGAGAGGUGUGACCAGAAACGGUACUCGAUAGUGAACAUAGAGUGCAAGGAUCGGGCAAGACUCAUGUUCGACACAGUAUGCACGCUCACCGACAUGCAGUACAUGAUUUUCCAUGCUUCCAUAAGUUCAGAUAGAGGUUAUGCCUUCCAGGAGUAUUUUAUCCGACAUCUAGAUGGGUGUGCUUUGGAUACAGAAAGCGAGAAGGAACGCGUAAUAAAAUGCUUAGAGGCCGCCAUAGAGCGUCGGGUUUGUGAGGGAGUUCGGCUAGAGCUGUGUGCAGACAACAGGGUAGGCUUGCUGUCCGACAUAACUCGGGUUCUUCGAGAGAAUGGUCUUACCGUUGUCCGAGCAGAUGUAGCGACGCAGGGAGAGAAGGCCGUAAAUGCUCUGUACGUGAGAGACAUCUCAGGGAAUGAGGUAGACAUGGAGACGUUCGCGGAGUCGAUGAAGAAAGAGAUCAUGGGUCCAAUAGCCCUUCAAGUCAAGAAUGAGACCAAGGGAUCACCAUCCAACUGGCCUGAACGGUCCCGUUUAUCUCUCGGAGACAUGCUCAAAUCUCACAUCGAGCGCUUGUCUCACAACUUUAUUCCUAUCAAGUAAUCAAUCUCAUGGGCGCGCGCGCAUGCAUGCAAUUAGCUAAUUCCUUGACACGUCAUUCCACAAAUUAAUUAAUAAUCAUCUAGUACUUGUACAAAUUAAAUUAUAUAUAAUACUUGCUUUUAGGGCUGUGAAUAAAAAAGGGGUUCAAGGAUAUAUAAUAUUAUUGUAAAUUUGUAACGCUUCUUCGAUCUUAAUUAGACUAGCUCAUACAUGUAUUAUUCCUGGAAUAUUAUUGGACUGUAUAUAAAUAAUCGCAUUUAUUGUGCGGGAAGGAAUUAUUGUUUAUACUGUAAAUAAAAGGAUCGAUAAUUAACAGAAGACUUUAUUGCCAAUAGCC